AUGUGGACUCUGACUCCCUUCGUCACCGUGUCCUACGGAGUCAAGAAGGCAUUUCUGUUCCUUUCGGUCCUGGAGUUCGCAGUGGGGAUUCUGGCCAAUGCUUUCAUUUUCUUGGUGAAUUUUCGGGACGUGGUGAGGAGGCAGCCCCUGAGCAACUGUGACGCUGUCCUGCUGAGUCUCAGCCUCAGCCGGCUUUUCCUGCACGGGCUGCUGUUUCUGGAUGCCAUCCAACUCACCUACUUCCAGCAGAUGAAAGACUCGCUGAACGUCAGCUACAAAACCAUCAUCAUGCUCUGGAUGAUCACAAACCAAGCUGGCCUCUGGCUCGCCACCUGCCUCAGUCUCCUCUACUGCUUCAAGAUUGUCCGUUUCUCCCACCCCUUCCUGCUCCGCCUGGCGAGCUGCGUCUCCAGGAAGAUCUCAUGGAUGCUCCUGAGUACUGUGUUUAUCACCUCUUUCUGCACUGCCUUCUGCUCUUGGGAAGUUUUCACUAGACCUCGGCUCACAGGCCCUCCUAAGCUACUCAUGAGUAACAACACAGAACGCAACUGGCGAAUGGAAAAACUCAGUUUCAUUCAUUCCUUCCUCUUCUGCAGCCUGGGGUCCAUCCCGCCUUUCUUGUGUUUUCUGGUUUCUUCUGGGGUGUUGAUUGUCUCCUUGUGGCAGCACCUGAGGACAAUGAGGGCCCAAACCAGAAGCUUUUGCGACGCUAGCCUGGAGGCCCACAUUACAGCGCUCAAGUCUCUGGUCUCCUUUCUCUGCCUCUACAUGGUGUCCCUCUGUGCUGCCCUCCUCUCGGUGCCCUUGCUGAUGCUGUGGCACAAUAAGCUGGGGGUCAUGGUCUGUGUGGGGAUAAUGGCAGCGUGUCCCUCGGGACACGCAGCCAUCCUGAUCUCAAGCAAUGCCAAGCUGAGGAGAGCUGUGAGCGCCAUUCUGCUCUGGGCUCAAAGCAGCCUCAAGGUCAGGGCAGACCGCAAGGCAGAUGCCAGGACAUCGGAGCUAUGCUGA